UCAGCCACAGGCCACUAAUACUGGGAAGAAAUUGAAUAACAAUGAGUGUGAGGUUGUUUUUCACAGUGGAGAAAGUCAUCACAGCUUGGGAGAAGGUAAGAUAGCUUCCAGCUACACAGACAUUCUUGUAGAGAAUGAAAGAGUCCUCAUGAAUGAGGCAUUUUGUGAGGUAAACAAAUGUGAGAAAGCUGGCACCCAAAGAAAUAACCUCAUUCAGCAUGUGCAAGUUCACACUGGAGAAGAGUCUUACAAAUGCAGCCGAUGUGAAGAAUUUUUUAGCCACAAAUCCCAAAUCCUUUCACAUCAGAGCUUUAAUUGUGGAGGAACGCUAUAUGAUUGCAGUGAAUGUGGGAAAUCCUUUAGCCGAAGGAAAUACCUCAUUUCCCAUAGGAGAAUCCACACUGGAGAAAAGCCUUAUGAAUGCAAGGAGUGUCAUAAAUCCUUCAGACGAAAGGGGAACUUAAUUGAACAUCAGAGAGUUCACACUAGAGAAAAACCUUAUCAGUGCAAACAGUGUGGAAAAUUUUUUGCCCGCAAAUCCAUUUUCCUUGCACAUGAGAGAAUUCACACUGGAGAAAACCCUUAUGAGUGCAACAAAUGUGGGAAAGCUCUUACUACUAUCUCUAGUUUCUAUUAUCAUUUGAGAGUUCACACGGGAGAACGGCCUUAUGAGUGCAAUGAAUGUGGGAAAUCUUUCACUACUUUGUCAACUCUUUCUAAUCAUCAGAGAGUUCACAGUGGAGAAAGACCUUUUAAGUGUAGUGAAUGUGAAAAAUUUUUUAGCCGAAAGGAACAUCUCAGUGCCCAUAUGAAUGUUCACACUGGAGAAAAGCCUUAUGAGUGCAAUAAAUGUGGGAAAUCUUUUACAAGUAGGUCAAACCUUUGUAAUCAUUGGAGAGUUCACAUUGGAGAAAGGCCUUUUAAGUGCAGCGAAUGUGGGAAAUGUUUUACUAGUAGCUCAAGCUUUCUUCGUCAUCAGCGAGUUCACACUGGAGAAAGGCCUUACGAGUGCAGUGAAUGUGGAAAAUCUUUUGUUGCUUCAAGUGGCCUCCGGUAUCAUCAGAGAGUUCACAAUGGAGAAAGACCUUAUGAAUGCAGUGAAUGUGGGAAAAAUUUUACUGCUAGGUCGACCCUUCGUGAUCAUCAAAGAGUUCACACUGGAGAAAGGCCUUAUAAGUGCAGUGAAUGUGGGAAGUAUUUUACUAGUAGGUCGAGCCUUCUUCGUCAUCAGAGAGUUCACACAGAAGAAAGGCCUUAUGAGUGCAGUCAAUGUGGGCGAUCUUUUACUACUCAGACAUACCUCUAUGAUCAUCACAGAGUUCACAUUGGAAAAGGCCUAUGAGUGCAGUGAAUGUCGGGAAAACCUUUAAGAAAAGACAGUUCCUCCUCAUCCAUUGGAAAAUCCACAUUGGAUAAAAGCCUUUUGAGUGCAAGGAAUGUGUUAAAUUUUUCACCUGUUGGUGCCACUUGAUUAAACAACAGAAUUCACACUAGAGAAAGGGCUUUGUGAAUAUUGCAAAUAUUGCUGACAGUGAUGUUGAAUAAGUUUGAGGUGGUAACAGAGCAUGAAGAACCUGUGCAGCAAAUAGACUCUUUCUGAAGAGUAAACUGAGGCACAGACUGUAUCAUCUGUUUGUGAUCUCCUUGGAAUGAAUAGGCAUCUGGGAUUCAAUGCCAGGUUGCCAGGUUUAGAAUUUAGGGAAUCUGGUCAAUUCUCUCCUGCUCCCCCCCCUCUUCCAUCCCCAACAUACCAGGUUUGAAGACUGAAAGAACACUUUGUUCAUUGUGACCCCCCACCAUAGGAGCCCAGCUUAUAUCCCAGCCUCAUGCCGAUUGGACAGGAUUGUCUUCUCUGCCAUCCAGCAUUGAUGCCUUACAUGUGAAUGACCACAUUAUCUACCAACUAAACCAGUGCUUUGGUUCAAUAAUUAUUAUUUCCAUUUGUGAAAGAAGGGGUGUCCAGUUCAGAGAUUUAGAGGGACUUACACAGGAGCUCACUACUGCCACACCUUUCAUGAGAGUAGUUGCUCUACACUGCAAGGCUCCUCUUCUGCCCCUUAGAGCAGGGACUCCAUUUCCUGUGUCCUGAUCAUAAACUACACCGACCUGAAGCCUGGAUUAACCCCAGGGACUCCAGCUUCAUUUCUACCCAUGCACAUCUUUCACUAACAACCUCCCACUUGGAAGGUUCUCAGGGACAGUGGCAUUAAGCCAGGGACUCUGGACUGGCUCAUUGGUAUUGCCCUAGGUUUGGAACUGGCUCCACCACCAUAAGUAGUGAUUGGUUUCCAAGGCCCUAUCUACCUUCUUUAUUUAGCCACCUCAAGAUGUCCUUGUUGCCCUGUUAUAUGGUUGACCACUCUUUCUGGGCAGUGGGAAAGACACUGAAGGCCUGAGAAUGUCCAGUGUGUCCCUCACAUGGCGUGGUCUCCAGGAUUCUUUUUCCUUUACCCCUUUACCCAUAUUCUCACUUCUCCUCCCACCCCUCCAGAAAAAUGUAGCUCAGAAGAAUGAUGGUUGUUUAUUAGUAUGAACUUGCCCUCCCUCCCUGAUCAGCCUAACUUAAAAACUAGCCCUGAAUGCAGACUGACCUCUUCCAUGAAAACUAAAACAUCUGUAUAAAAAAAUCAUUAUGAUUUUAAUUGCCUUUUUUCUCAGGACUUUUUUCCCCUUCACUGUGCCAUGUGGCUGUGGGAUCUUAGUUUCCCUGUCCAGGAAUCUAAAGUGUGCCCCAUGAUAUGGACAUGUGGAAUCUUAGCCACUAGACUGCUGGGGAAUUCCCUUUCACUGGAUUCUUUAUUUUUGUUUUUCAUGUGUCUGUUUUUCACCUGUGUGUUCUAUUUGGGAAAAUUUCUAUUCAUAUUUUGGUCUACUUUUGCUUUCUGAGAUUUGUGUUUUCUCUCUUUUUUUGACAAGAAGGAAAGCAAAGAAACAUCAAAGAGAUCUGUUAGAUUUCACUCAUUUAGCAGUAAUGUGAGUGACUUUUUUCCUGCAUGGAAUCGUAGUUCAUAGUACUGAAAGUAUAUGUUCUGAAAGUUUAUACUAUGGGUAAUGUAAUGGCCACAUGCAUUAUACAUGUUUUCAAUAAAUCUGCUUUAUUCACAUUUGUUACCUUAGUCUUAAGGCCAGACAUUUAAUUGCACAGUAAAUCAAGCCCUGUUUUGUAGUGUUUGCCAGUUUCUUUGGUGUUAAUAUUCCCAUCCUUGCCAGUGUCAAAUUGUGAACAUAAUGUCACUGAAAUGGAGUUGAAAAGAAUUGCCAGUAGCCCAUCAUGUAUGCUUUUCCUCCCUUACAGGUCCAGUAUCUGGAAAAUGUUGCAGGAAUGUAGCUAAUAAAUCAUACUAGAAUGAUUAUUGAUAGAUUUUGCUAAAUUGUUUAAAAAAUCAUUUACUGGGUGUAGAGUUCAUUUGAAUUUUAUGUAUUUAAGAUGUACAUUGGACAUACUUAUGUACACCCUUCAAACCAGUUUCU